CAUACACGCUUACGGUUUUAUCAAACCAACGUUCCAUCAAUAAUGUCAUAAAUCUGAAAAAGGAAAAACCAUAACUAAAAUUACUUCAAAUACAAAAAAUGCAAGCUACAGCCAUGGACUUCAUCCCGGGGCUACCUAAUGAAAUAGCUCUUGAAUGUCUCAUACGUCUACCUGUGGAUCAAUUUUCUAAAGCAGCUUCAGUAUGCAAAAAAUGGAACGGCGAGAUUACGUCGCCGGAGUUUCGUCGCCGGCGGAAAUUUUCUGGAUUGACCCGACCCGUUUUAGUCAUGGUGCAAUCUAUGGUGGCUACUGUGAAAAAACCAGAGGGUGAUACUGCUCUUUUUUCUACUCAGGUUUACCGUAUCUCCGUUUCUGACCCGGGAAACGGGUCCUGGUACGAUUUGCCGCCGAUACCGGAGUUAAUUGAUGGAUUGCCGAGGUUUUGCCGGAUUGUUGGAGUCGGGUCGGAUUUAGUAGUAAUUGGCGGGUGUGACCCGGUUACCUGGCGGGUUAUGGAUUGUGUUUUCAUUUACAAUUUCAUAUCCGGGUCAUGGCGUCGUGGGGCGGAUAUGCCAGGUCAGCAGAGGUCGUUCUUCGGAUGUGGAUCGGAUUCCGAUAGAAUGAUCGUCGUCGCCGGUGGCCACGACGACGAAAAGAAUGCUUUGAUAUCAGCGCUCUCAUACGACGUCGUUAAAGACGAGUGGGUUACACUUCCUGAUAUGGUCAUGGAGAGAGACGAAUGUAAGGUUGUAUAUCACAAAGGUAAAUUCCACGUCAUCGGCGGUUAUCCUACGUGGGCGCAAGGUCACUUUGAGAAUGACGCUGAGGUGUUCGACACCGCCACGUGGCAGUGGCGACUGGAAGAUGACUUCUUGAGUGUGAUCAACACUUCUCCUCAAAGUUGCGUUGAAGGUGAUGAUGGGAGAUUAUACAUGUGCCGAGGAGGUGACGUGGCAGUGAAGGAAGAUCAUACGUGGCGGAAGUUGGCGGAAUUGCCAGCAGGGAUUGCCAGCGUGGCAUAUUUGACAGCGUGUCAAGGGAAGUUGAUAUUGGUGGGAAGGGGUCCAUUUGAUGAAGUCUAUAGUAGUUAUGCUUUGGAUUUGGAUGCGGAGAGUGAUGGCAAAGUGAAAAAAUGGACAAAAGUAGAAACUCCUAACGAAUAUAGUGGUCAUGUUCAAUAUGGUUGUUGUUUGGAACUAUGAUAUUCUCAAAAACAAAUCACUAGUUAGGUUUAAGAAUGAGAGUGGCUUUUUUUCCCCUUUUAAUUUCCUUUCUAAGAUACUCAAUUAUUCUGGCAUGAUUGCACUUAUUUUUGGCAUGUACAGUUGUGUGUUGUGUUUCAAGUUUUGACUAACAAGCAUAGUAUUGGCUUAUCGUCUUCUUUUUUUCAUUCGGUAAAUUAAGGCUUGAAUAUGAAA